AGGAAUUUGGAACCAAUCAGGACUUAUCAAAGAUCAUUCUCUAUGGAUUGUUGGUGAUGGCAGAGAUAUUCAGUUAUGGGUGAAUAACUGGUUGGGUUCCUCUUUGUCUUCCCUCUGUAAUAUUCAUCCUUUGUUGGCAUCUAGAUUGGUCUCUUAAGGUUUUGGCUAUAUUUUUGGGGGGGAAUGGUAAGAAUUAUAAUUUCCAAUAGUCUGACUGCAGAUCAAGGAAGUGAAAUGGACUGAUACCAACGGAUUUGGCGUCCUUCAAAGAAUGUUAUUGUCGCUAUAUGAAGACCUUAGAAAACGAGGAGUGAUUUUGGUCUCUUCAUGUUUGCUUUGUCCUUUCCCUGCACCAUGGAAUGCAUAAGCCACACCUUCUCAUGCUCUUUUGCUUGAAAUAUUUUUGGGGUUUGAUGAGCUUUAUCUUCGGUAGAAAUUUUGUUGUAAACUUCCUUUCUGAGCUGUUGGUACUAUGGAAAAGUUGGAGCUUUAGCUCUCAACUUAAGGUGGCGGCUUUAAGUAUGAUAGCAAAUUGUGGUUGGGCUAUUUGGAAAUCAAGAAAUGAUUGUCGGUUUGAUGAAAUAGCUCCUUCAAUUCCUUGCACAGAGUUUAAUUAUCUCUCUAAUGGGGGAAUCUAUGUUUCUUGCCUCGGGGACUAUGUUUAACUUAGUUGAGGAGCUUCAAAUCCUUGUGCAUCUUGGUAUUAAUGUGUGUCCCAAGUUGUGUGCCGGUUAUUAGGGAAGUCUUAUGGCAUAAAUCUCCUCCAGAGUGGUUGAAACCUAGGACAGAUGGUGC